UUUUAUAGUAUUUUUUUAUAGUAUCAAUUUCACGAUUCUUGUGUUGAAUUUUCACUACAAAUUUGAAAAAAUAGGAGAUCUGUUAGAGUGGAUGGUGAAAAUAUGACUGACGCGUAGCUGCGUUAGAAAAAUUUUUGAUCAAUAAAAUCUAUAACAACAAUAGUAGAGAGUAUAAGUUUUGAAGAAACUUUUUGAACUUAGUAUGUAACUUCUAGCAUAUAAUUUUUAAAUAGGAAAUUAUGAUUUCCGGAACCACGUCAAUGUUGCGUACACAAAGACAACGCACCACAUAAUACAUCAAACAGUGCGAUUAGCUGUCCAUAAAAGUUAGUUCUUUGCAUUAUGUCUCAACCUGAAAGAAGCGAUUACGUAAAAUUUCGCGGAGUUACAAAAAGUUUCAUGACCAUCUGUGGACUGUGGCAUUAUGAAACUACAAGUUUGUUUUAUCGACUCAUACCGUACAAACAAAUAGUGUUCAUUGUAACUCUAAUAAUGGCAAUACUAAAAUUCAUCUAUGAGAAUCACUCAAAUUUGCUUUUUGUCGUAAAUUGCUUAAAUUUUGUGACCGGUUAUAUGUUUACUUGUUUCAAGGUGUUAAGUUUUAUUUUAAAUAAAGAAAAUUUAAAAAAUCUUCAAAAAGCUCUUGACCUUAACUUCGAUGAUAUGCUAGAAGAUUCUAAAAUAUCAAAGCUCAUUCUAAAUAAAAUCAGUAUCUUUAAAUCUAUUUCGCUAGUUUAUGCAAUAAGUGUUGUUCUUACUACGACCUUUUAUAUGAGCAUUCCAGCAUACAUGAUUUCAUACAUAAGUUAUCAUAAAAUUAAUGUAACUCAAUAUCCUUUGCUGUACCCAGCUAGUUACAUGUGGAAGAGGCCGGCGAAAGGAUUAUUUUAUCAACUGAAUUUUUCAUUUGAAUUUGCUACUGCAGUGUUUAUAAACGCGGUCACAGUAAGCAUCGAUACCACGUUUAUGUUGUACGUUUUCCAAAUGAUUGGACAGUUACGUAAAAUUUCGUACUAUGUUACGAAUACUGGCAAGAAAAGUGACCAAAGUCAUGCAUUAUCGACUUAUGUUUCUCAAUAUGUAAAUUUGAUUAAAUACAAGGAUUCGUUUGAAAAAGUUUAUGGUCCAAUAAUACUGAUACUGUUGACUACUAAUGCAGUUGUUCUUUGUACAAUAUUAUUCCAAUUAACACACGUAAGAGGUUUUUCUGGUAAAUCAAUUAUCCAAGGACUAUCAUAUCUGUUAAACCUAAUACUAAAGGUAACUCAAACAUUUUUGUACUCAUGGAGUGGUUCAUGCUUAACAGAAGAGAGUGAAAAGUGUCAAUAUGCAGUGUUUUCUGCAAAUUGGCACGGGAACAAAAAAAUGAUGAGUUCAAUAGUCAUUAUACUUUCACAGCGACCUUUAUUUUUAACAGCAUGCAAUUUUACAACUGUUAAUGUUCGAAUUUUUGUUAUGAUAUUACAAACAUCGAUGUCAUACUUUUUUCUUUUACAAACACUUGACGAGAAUCAUUAAUUAAUCUUUUAUACUCAAAGCCAAAUAUUGACAUACAAUAUGAAAAAUAUAUUUAGCAGAUAAUUUUAGUAAAUAAUUAAAAAACAUAUUUACACAAACAUCACAAAAU